GCCCGAUUGAAAGAGACCGACGCCGGCUGUGGACCAGCAAACUCCCCUCUCCCGCCUUCCUCCCCCCUGGACGCAGACAGCGCCAAGCAGAAUCAAAUCAUUCCCGCUCACAUCGAAUAGCACAGCACAACGAACAGCACAACACCCACGACAAUGGCCACAAUCCAUCCCCUCAACGUUUCAAAGCAGCAGGUCCUCUCGGUCUACCGUGGCCUGCUGAGAGAAGUCAACAAGCAGUUCACCCGAACCAACCAGAACCUGCUGUGGAAGACCGAGCUCACGCUCCAGUUCCGCCUGGCGCAGUCGCUCGAGUCCCCCGAAGAGAUCCAGCGACGCUUCCUCGAUGCCAAAAACACCCUGACCCACCUGCACGCCGUCCGGACUCACAAGCACAUGAUGGCAACGUACUGGCCGGCUUCGGGGCUGACGGGGCAGGAAAAGAUCGAGCGCACAGCGGGCAAGGUCGGCCUGGCGCUGCCCGAGAUCCAGCUGAACGAGGAAGAAGCUGACCGCGAGGCGAGCCUGUUCAUGGUCGGCCAGAAGCACUACAAGAAGGACACGCUGGUGGAGGAGUUCAAGAAGCAGCAGAGGCAGGAAUAGAUCUGCGCGUAUGUGUCCGCCAGCGGCAUGCGCUGCACCAGCCCAA